GUCCAAAUUUUAAGCAGGUCUUCACUCAGAUGUUCUUUAUUCCUUUUCCAAAACUGUCUCUUCAAGGGCUUUCCCAGAACAAGAUGUUUACACCAUCCCGAUCUACUUCUCUUCUGACUGGCUGAAUGAAUACUGGGACGCCAUAAAAGUGGAUGACUAUCGCUUUGUCUAUAUGGGACCCAAGGGCUCAUGGACUCCCUUCCAUGCAGAUGUCUUCCGCUCCUAUAGCUGGUCAGCCAAUAUCUGCGGGAAAAAGAAAUGGCUGAUCUUUCCCCCGGGACAAGAGGAGAACCUUCGAGACCGCCAUGGCCACUUGCCCUUCGACAUCACCGCACCUGAGCUGAAACAGAGCAACAUUUACCCUCGCUACGCCCAAAGCACUGCUCCUGUUGAGAUCCUCCAGGAAGCCGGGGAGAUCGUCUUCAUUCCCAGCGGGUGGCACCAUCAGGUUUACAAUCUGGAGGACACCAUCUCCAUCAACCACAACUGGGUGAACGGGUGCAACGUAGCCAUCAUGUGGAGCUUCCUCCAAGAUGAACUCGCUGCCGUCCAGCGGGAGAUCCGAGAGUGGAGAGAAACCAUGGAAGAUUGGCACCUGCAGUGUCAGGUGCUGAUGAAGUCUUACACAGGCAUUGACUACAAGGAGUUCUACAAUUUCCUGAAGAUCAUUGCAGAGAACCGGAUUUUCGUCCUCGAGAACCACCAUUCCGAGGAAGAUGCCUCCAAGCAUUCCUACCGAGCUGCCAUCUCCGGCCUGGGAAUGCUGCACGCGGUCUUCGAUUUGAAACGGACUGCAAAGGUGUUGACUUCCUUGAACGCCAACGAGGAUUUCAAGAAACUGAACCCGGAGGCUCUCACCCCGCCUCCUCAUGCUCUCCUCCACCGCCUGAAAGCAGCCAUAGAUACUGCCCUUCUCUAGCCCCCCCCCCUUUCCUUUCAACCAGUCGCAGGAAUUGCUGUUCUUGCAACCUGGGUGCAUGCUGACUACGUCGACCUCCCCAUUUAGAAGCCUUAAAGCACAGGGAAUUUCCAGGGCGAGUGGGGAACACAGACGCGGAAGGGGCGAGGAAUUUAC